GGCGCUGCCGGGGCCGGGCCCGGGCCCGCGCGUCCCGCGGGAGGCGGCCAUGUCUACCGGCGAGGCGGAGCGGCUGUCGGCGGACGCCGAUGGGGCCGCCGGGGACGAGGAGGAGGAGUGGCUCUAUGGCGAUGAAAAUGAAGCAGAGAGACCAGAGGAAGAAAAAUCCAGUGUUCCACCCCCACCUGGAAGUGAAGAGGAAGCUGCAGAAAAUGGCGUUGUGAAAACGAAGGUGGCAGAGGCUGAGGAUGACAGUGAUAGUGAUAGCGAUGAUGAUGAAGAUGAUGUUCAAGUCACCAUAGGGGAUAUUAAGACAGGAGCUCCACAGUUUAGUUAUGGAGCAGCACCUGUGAAUCUCAAUAUUAAGGCAGGGGGACGAGCUUAUGGAUCUUCCGGUGCAAAAGUUAAAGGACUGGAUCUAGAUGCACCAGGGAGUAUUAAUGGUGUACCACUCCUGGAAGUGGACUUAGAUUCUUUUGAAGAUAAACCUUGGAGAAAGCCAGGGGCUGAUCUCUCUGAUUAUUUUAACUAUGGCUUCAAUGAAGAUACCUGGAAAGCUUACUGUGAAAAACAAAAGAGAAUACGAAUGGGUCUUGAAAUUUUGCCAGUUACCUCAACCACAAAUAAAAUCACGGCUGAAGACAAAGCUAUGGAACUAAGACCAAGUGCAGAGAUUCUCGAUGGCAGAUACCAUCUUUUUAAGGUACAGCAGGGCAGAACUGGAAAUUUGGAGAAAGAGUUGGCAGCCCAGUCGACUAAACCUGAUUUCACAUCUCCUCCUGCCUUAUUCAAAUCAGGAAUUCCAACCAACAGGCGGAUAUCUGGCACAAUAGAUGUGAUUGGACAGAGCAUCACUAUCAGUAGGGUGGAAGGACGACGGCGUGCUAAUGAAAACAGCAACAUACAGGUUCUUUCAGAACGCUCUAAUCCUGAAGUAGACAGUUUUACCAAGCCACCUCCAUUUUUCCCUCCAGGAGCUCCACCUACUCACCUUCCACCACCUCCUUUCCUCCCACCCCCUCCAACUGUCAGUACUGCUCCACCUCUGAUUCCCCCACCAGGUAUACCAAUAACAGUGCCACCACCAGGUUUUCCACCACCACCUGGCGGUCCUCCACCUUCUCUUAUACCCACAAUAGACAGUGGACAUUCUUCUGGCUAUGAUGGUCGUCCUGUUCGUGCAUUUUCAUAUGGCAGUGGUUGUGUUCACGGGACUUCUGGCAAGGGAGGGCAGGACAGAACAGUUGGGGCAUUAAAAGCAGCAGUUCUGUAUUACACUGAAGGUGGCAAAAAGCAAUGGAGAAGCAUGUUCCUUCUUCCCAUUGCUAGCUAUCUAAAAAAGUCACCUUUCCACACCCUGCAGGUUCUGCACCCUCAUGGUCUAGUCUUCUGGACACCAGCAAACAGUGGGAUUACUAUGCACGAAGAGAGAAGGAUAGGGAACGUGAGAGAGAGAGAUCCCGAGAUCGGGAUCGCGACCGGGACCGAGACAGAGAUCGAGACCGUACCAGAGACAGGGAAAGGGAUCGAGAUCACAGUCCAUCUUCAAGUGCUUUCAACAGUGAUGAGGAACGCUACAGAUACAGAGACUAUGCAGAGAGGGGCUACGAUCGCCAUAGGACAAGUAGAGAGAAGGAAGACAGACACAGAGACAGGAGACACAGAGAGAAAGAAGAGACUCGACACAAGUCAUCUCGAAGUAACAGCAGACGUCGUCAUGACAGUGAAGAAGGGGAUAGCCACAGAAGGCACAAACACAAGAAGUCCAAAAGAAGCAAAGAAGGAAAAGAAGCCAGUGGUGAACCUGCUCCUGAGCAGGAAAACACUGAAGCUGCCCCUGUGGAAUAGGCUUGUGUGAUUUUUCCCUACUUGCAUAUAUAUUAGUGCCAGAAAUAGAUUACUAUAAAUCUUGUUAUUUUUCUGGGAAUUAUAAUAAUUUGCUCUUAAUCUUGUUCUGUUAGUUUGAAAUCAAAGGUUACUUUGGUUUUUUUUGAAAAUAAAAGAACGAAUUUUUCAUGUUAAAA